GGUGGCGGGUUAUAAAAAUGAGCUCUGCAGACGGCAGAAGGCUUUCAUUUGGAUGGCUCCUGAAACUGGCCCCAAGUUCUCUGUACUACAUUUUGUGGACUUUCACAACUUUUCUGGGACUUUUGAAGUGAGUUUAAAGACUCAGGACAUUUAACAAGAUUCCCCAGAUUCUUUUGAGCAUUGUGUAAGUUUUUAUCAGGAAAAUGAGUCAACUUCGCACCAUACUGCUGAUUAUGUGUAUCGGUCAGAUUCACAGCAUCUAUGGGCAGGAAUGUCCCAGUACACAGGAGCUGCAGAAUUCCCUACGCCAAGCACAAAAGCUGCUGGCAUCACAUGAGGCCUCGUACCUGCAGAGUCUCCGCAGCCUGAAGAGGAAAAUCAGUCAGCUGCAGAACAGCACGGCCCGUGUGGCUGCCAAACCCAGUGAUGCUUCCUGUCCAAAACUGGAGGCACCCCUCAAUGGACGAAAAUUAGGGAAAGUUCUACUGCCGGGUCAUGAGGUUCACUUCCUGUGUGACUCAGGCUACGAGCUGGUGGGCUCUGAGACUCGGCAGUGUAAGGAGUCGCUCACCUGGAGCGGCCAACAACCUGUCUGCAAGGAAAUAAACGAGUGUGCCUCUUCUCCCUGUGCCAAUGGGGGUUCAUGCACAGAUGAAGUGAAUGGAUUCACAUGCGCAUGUGCCAGAGGAUGGGCUGGACCUACGUGCCAAUCUCCAACGCCAACAUUUUUUGCCACCACAACCAACAUCUCUGCUGCCACCUCUGGAGCUGCAGCUGCCACCUCGUUUCCUUUAACAACUCUGCUUCCAUUUGUGCAGCCGUCCAAGUGCAGCCAGGUCCAGGGCACCACACACUGCACCUGUGAGGCAGGAUAUACCAUUUCAGGCCGAGACACCAGCAUCUGCACAGAUAUUGAUGAGUGUGAAGUGUUCCAUAAUGGGCCGGCAGGUCGUUUGUGUGUGCAUGCUUGUAUUAACACCCCGGGUGGUUAUCGCUGUUCAUGCCCAGCUGGCUAUGAUGUGAGCCGAGACGGCCGAGGCUGCAGAGAUAUCGAUGAGUGCGCCACAAGGCAGAACAACUGCACCCGUGAUAGGCUGUGUAUCAACACAUAUGGAGGUUUUCAGUGCGUAAAAGUGGAGUGUCCACGCAUCCGAAAUGUUACCUAUGUCAAAACCUCACCCACGCGCUGUGAAAGGAACCCCUGCCCUGUGGACAAUAAAGCAUGUUCUCAGGCUCCCAACUCCAUCUCCUACCACCAUAUAUCAGUGGUGUCAAAUCUCUCGGCUCCGCGGGUCCUGUUCCGGGUUUCGACAGUGCGGAUGAUUGGAGACACUCUGCGUUUUGCUGUGCUAGGGAGCCGUGGGCGACGCCAUUUCAGCAUCCAGCGUUCAGACCGGCAGACCGGCGAGCUGCUGCUGCUCACCCCCCUGCAGGGCCCUGACACCCUGGAGGUGGAGGUGGAGAUGAGCGAGCUGGAGAAGAGGGCGCUGAUCGGGCGCUACAUUACCAAAAUCACCAUCUUCAUCUCACAAUAUGAGUUCUAGAUCCAGAGUUUGAAAGGAACACUUAAUAUUGUUGUCUAUAAUAAUAAUAAUAAUAAUAAUAAUAAUAAUAAUCAGAACAGAUCUACUGUAUGAUGAAUCCAGUUGGAGUUGUGGCUUAUAGUAGGGUCAGAAAGUCCAGUUUUUAUUUAGUCUGUUAUUCCAUGGAAACACAUUUUUAAUUAUGUAUAUAUCAAAUUCUAUUUCAAAUUAAAUUUCCCAGACAAUUACAUCAUGUUUUACUCAUUUAAAGGAGCACUUUGUGAUUUUUAGUGCCUUCUGCAGCCUGUGAGAUCAAUUGCAAAUGUAAGGAAAGUAACUGACAAGGCCUAAUCUUCCCCCCAACGGACCUCACUCCCUCUGCGGCCUUUUUAUUUAUUUUAUUUAUAUAUAUAUUUUUAAAUACAAAAAAUAGGCAGGGCUGAGCAGCUCUCGGCGCCAAUUUACAGGCCAGAAAAAUGUAAAACCAAAGCAUAAAUUGUAAACCAGUAAGAUCUAACGUUUGACAAUAUCGCAAAUCUUUUUUUUUUUUCCAAAUGUAUUUUUGAAGUUGAUUAUUCAUAAUAUCAGUGAUUUUCACGUAAACACUUUCUAGAAACACUUUUAGAAAUUACAAACUGCACCUUUAAGUCCAAAAUAUUUCUUACAAAUUUAGUCAUUAUCAGAUGUUAAUGAUAAUUAAAUCUGUGAGUUGUGAAUCUUGUGUGUGGAUUCACUCAUUUGGACUUUAUUUAAUGCCAAGUAUCUAGUUGUACAAUCUUGUUAAUCAAAAAAGAAAGUGAAACAUUUAUUAUUUAUUUAUCUCUUCUUCUUUUUUUCAAACUUAUAGCUAAUCGUUGUUGUAGCAGUUCUCUUUCCCAGUGUGCCACUGCCUCCAUACAUGUGUGUAAAAACAAAUUUAUUGAAUUACUCCAGAUUUGUCUGUAAUAAUAUCCGAUUACUUCCGAUCCGAUUAACAUUCGAUUACUUCAAGUGGGAUUUAAAGCUACGGCUGAAAGCUGGAUCACCUCUGCACUCAAACAGAGCAAGUGACAAACAUACAGUAUGUAUACAUUUGUCUGCCAUAAUAUUGUAUGUAAGAGUUUCUGACGUGAUUGAACUAAACGAUUUACAAGGCUUGUGAUAAUAAAGGCUGUAUAUGUCAUGACUGUAGUGACAUACUGGACAUGUGAUUGCUUAUCUCUCAGUAUCUCAUAGCUUUUCAUGGUUUAAGAUAUCCCACAAAUGUUACAACAUGAAAAAGAUGUCAGGGAACUUUAGGUUUGGACUAGAGUGAAAGUUUUUAAUACGUCUUUUAGAUGACUGGAAAGAUGACCAAUGUGGUUGUGAACAAAAUAAGAAAAUUUAAUCAAAACCUUCACUACACUAAAUUAAACCUGGACCAAUCACAGUCUCUUUUUAAGGGCCAAUUAAAGUCAGGGAUGUCUCUGGUCAGUCAGUGGUCACUGGAAUUUAUUCACAGGCAUUCUUUCUUUUUUUUUCUUGGCGCCUAAAACAGUUUUGACUCCAAACACAGGCAUAAAAAAAAAAAAAGUCACCCCCAGUGUCAGUUAUCUCAGUUCUGAAGAGAUUACUGCAUGUAGGUGUCACAUACUCUUAUAAACACUGGCUUGAGGUAAAGUGUUACGAAAUGGUUUGAUAUGUACACCAUUCUUUACUACCUAAAUUAUGAAUGGACUAAAAUUGCAUCCUGGUUUCUAAAAACCGUAGGUGGGAAUUCUGAGAAGCAAAAAGGAGUAUGAUUGUGUUAGAACCAGGGGCAGAACUUCCUGGUAAGACAUUAGACCUGACACACAAAGCUGUGCUUUACUUCGGUCAAAGAGGUGCUGUGUUCUUGCAGUUUGCCGUUUUUCAUGUGUGUUUAUGCAACGGCGCUAGUAAAAACAGUGUAGCUCUGAGGGAUAUUUAGAUGCACAGUGAGAUGUGAUAAAUCUGAGCGUGUGUGGUGUCCGUGUGUGUCACUGUAAAUCCUGACGUGUCUACGUGAAUGCGUUUGUGUGUCUUUACAUGACCAAGAGGUUUUAGUUUGGACUCAAACUAUUAGUCUGAAGUGUGUGAAGGUAAAAUGUUUCACUGACGUUUCACAUAACACCUCAUGAACCUUAAGCGUUCACCUUCUGACACACACCAGCC